CAUGAGCUACGUUCGUGUUGGAAGUGGUGGGGUUGAAGUGCAUGUGUAGUGAUGUGUAGGGAGAGAUAGGGAGAGUGGUAGGAGUGAUGAAGUUACUAAUAUUGUGGCAAUGCGUGGUUGUAGGAACCGGCGCUCGUAGUGUAUGUUUUAAGGAUAAUGGUAUAUGUACGUUUGUUCAUCAAACAGUAUGACGUUCAGUUUGUACCGUGUUACGUGGACACUUUUGCAUAUGUUGAUAUCUGCUCUGCACUUCAUAGAGUGCGUGUGGAUUUCAGUUCGCAAGAAACUAGAUCUGUUGCAUAAGAAAUGCACGGAAGAUGAAUAUGACUUUAUUUCGAGAUAUGUAAAGUUAUUUGAUAAAGUCCCUUCACAUUUAGUAGUCAUUGUAGGUAAUGAAUCUAUAUCGUACAGGGAUCUGGCAAAUGUAGCUGUUUGGUGCAUUGCAGCAGGAAUUUCGUUCAUAAGCUUCUACGAUCAUCAUGGAAAUUUAAAGAAGAAUGAAACUGAAUUAUUCAGAGCCCUUUCUGAAGUGACAAAAGGACAUCUUGAUAACAUUAUAUGGGGGAAGAAAACCAAGACACAUGGGUUAAUAAAAAGGAAUGGAACAAAAAAUGGUGUUAUAUCAACACAGAAGCUUCAUGUGAAUAUUUUUUCUCUGAGUGAUGGAAAAGGAGCUUUGGUGCAGCUCGCAAGGAGCAUCUGCCAGUCUGCUAUCAGUGGUCAAAUAAAGUCAGCAGAUAUUAAUCAGGACAUAAUUGACACGAAGUUACAGGCAGAAAUGGACAUUCCAGAUCCAGAACUUGCUCUUAUCUGUGGAGAUGUGUGUUCUACAUAUGGCUUCCUUCCGUGGCAGAUACGUGUCACAGAAUUUUUACAGCUGCAGUCGCAUCAUAACAUUCAAGUAAAGGAUUUCCUGUUACUCUUAAUGCGAUAUGGAAAAUGUGCACAGAGGUUUGGUAAAUGACCUGGGGUGAUAGAUGUUAGCAUGUGAAUUAUGUGAAAGAACCUUUAGUGAACAGACUGAUGCAAGGAUGUUUUCUUGACUGUCAAAUCCCCACCUACCGGCAGAGUUCAGCCAGGAUAUCAAUGAAGCCACUGAACUCUUACAACAAGAAUUAAUUUAAUAAUCUUGGGCUUCAGAUUUGGAGUUAUCAGAACCACCAUUAAAAUGAAAUAUAAAUAUUUUCACUUUUAAUACUAUUAAGAGUUAACUUAGAGAAGUAAUUAUGUGGUCACCGAAGUACACACUGUUGUCCAUGAUCCCUAGUUGCCCCCCCUUCCUGUCCAUGUCAAUAGAAACGGACAUUUUGCAGAAUCCAGAGAUGCCAGUGUAAAUUAAAAGUCAGUGGUUACUGUUGGUUUAUUUUAAUUCUGUUUCAGUCAGAAUUACACUAUGUUUGGUUAGUUUGUAUGUGUUUCCCGCCCCCAGUUUUGGUUUCAGAAACUUUACAAGGCAUUAAUUGUUGUGACCUGAUGUUUUAUAGCAUAUAAUAUGUGCCUUGCUAUUUUAAUCAAAACUGAUACAGGUUUAUGUAUUGGGAACAUUCCAGAUUUGUUAAAAUUAGGGUCUUCAGGGAUGUGAUGGGUCACUGAUAGUCUGGUAAGUAGCACUUUUAGUGAAAUUGGUUUCUCACUGACCUGGUCCCAGCCCUCUCUUCCCAAUAUUACAUACAUUUUAUCUUUGCUUAUAUCACUUCCCCCAUGAAGAUUGAGGCGGCAGUGCCUACCAAAAUGUUGGUACCUGUCUACAAGACAACAUGGUUUCCGAGCUCAGAGGGCAGUAAUUGUAAAUGCUGUUGGCCAGAUUUAAAUCUUCACUAGCACAGUGCUGAUGGAUAUAUUUAAACUUGGGAGGUACUGGGGUUUACACUGUAAACAAUGUGACACUAAACCUGCUGGGGCCUGCUUAACCAGCACUGUUGUGAGGCACACAUGUGAUGGUUAAUAUUCACUGCCAUGAGGACCUCAGAUCUCACUCCAGAUUUGUUUUUAAGGGGUACCUGGUUAGAAUGCGAGGUUACUGCUUAAAAUGACUGAGAUGAUUUAUUGGUCUCUUCAGUCUCUGCAAGGAUGUUACGUUGCAGUAUGCUCUAACCAGGUCUUUACAGAUCAUUGCCUAUUCACCAUUUAUUAUCAUUUGAGUCUGUAUACUGUCUGAAGUUGAAACAUGUUAAACAGCCUAGAAAUCAGUUUCAAACAAGUUAUUUACAGUUCCAUCAUUUUUAUUGUUAUUAUUAUUAUUCAGUACAAAGCAACCAAGUUAUAUGAAAUUGUUGGUCAUCAUACAUCUUUGGAAAGUACGAGGGUAAAUCAGUAAGUAAGGCAAAUGUAAACAUAGCUUCAACACAGUUGUUGUCUUUUCAGGCUUUAUAUGGAUGUGUUUGUUUAUAAUUGUGCAAAGGGCUCGAUUGAGGUAGCAGUGAGGCUACCCUUAGCAAGACCUCAUUAUCAGACCUUUUUCUGCUAGCGGAUUAUUCGGUCUGUAAAUCAGUGUUAAUGACCAGUGACUAAGCCUGUUUUCCAGCUUGUUAUGUAUUCAUUCUUUGCAUGCUCAAGGUGUACCAGCACUCACUUUUACAUCUUACUGCUUUUGAUUUCCUGUAUUAUAAAUUGUAUUUAUGGUAAUGUCAUAUGCAGGAACCCUUAUACACUAAACUUCUGUUCCAACCACUGUACUAGUGAUGUAACCUUAGUAUAAUGACAUCUGAUGUCACUUCAAGACAGUUGUAGCCUCUUCCAAAAUUCUGUAUUUUAAAUAUACACUAAGCAGGGUCCAACAUGGUAUGGUGUAAAGAUUUUAUGUGUUAAAUUGCAAUGUUACAUUGCACUGACUUAACUCAGUAGGCCUGAGUUGGUUUAUUUGUGGAAGAAGUGAUUCUUCAGCAUUAGCUGCACUCAUAUCUGUAAACUUUCCAAGAACUAUAAAUGAUUAAAAUGAAACUGCCUGAACCUUUCAGGAAUUAUUUGUCAAUGUAUCAAAGUGGAAAUGUUAGUAGUUUUGAAAGUGUUCUGAUGAUUGCAUAUAAUGCCCAGAAUUACUGGGUUUCUGGACAUGAUCUGUCAUAAUGAUGAACAAAGUCAAGAAACCCAGUAAUCCCAGAGAGAAAUGUUAAUUUCCAGUUUCGUGUAUGUGUGCUGAGAGGCCGUUUCUGUAAAAAGUAAAUCCCAGACGGGCAAACCUCAGUGAUAUAUAGGUGGCACAGUAACUGAGGUUGUCCGCAUGUGUAUGUGAAAUGGCAAUAGUCACAAAAUAUAUCUGUGUACAGAAAUGUCAUUUUAUCCUUAGGAGGUUAGGUUGAGACACAUCACAUUAUUAAUGGCCAGUGCAUUCACCCAUUUCAUUAGUUUGUUGUUAAUGCAGGCAAAAAUAUUGCUAUUACACAAGCAAAUUCAAUCAUUCCAUUUAAAGUGACUGUCAUUUGGGAAGAUGUAAAAUAUCUGUUAUGAAAAUACAGUAAAAUAGUUACUGAGUUCCAUGAUAUGUUAUCAUUUGGUGUCUGUAUAUAUAAAAUGUUCUUGUUAUCAUAAUUUUAUAUGUAAAUCUUUUCUGUUCAAUAAUUCCAUCACCAAAACUUACUUUCCAAAGUAAAGUGAAAUCCCUAUUUAAGGUUUCUUUUUGAAGCAAUGUAUUUGAAUGCUUAACUGAGAAAAAUCUUAAAUUUAUGUAAUUUAACAUGGAAGUUGUUGAUUUGGGAUCAUUGAAAUCAAAAGUUAAAUGAAAUGAAACCUUAAAUGGAGGUCCACUAAACUGCAUUUGUUUUAACCCAUUCCCUAUUUCAGUAAUAAGAAUAAAAUAUGCCAGCUGGAGGCUGCUCGGUAGGUAUCUGAUUGCCAGUGAUGCCAAUACAGUAUUUUAUAUAGCUGUAUUUUGUAUAUACAUUAAGAAGACAUAAUUAUAACAGAGAGAUUCUCAUAAACAACCACCAGCUUCAUUCAUGAAUAGGAAUGAAAUGUGCAAAACUUACAAAUGUAAAAUUUUUGCUUUUGCAGUUUAGUUUCAUGUUAUGAAGUUUUCCAGUAUUUUGCCAUUCAGUCCAUUCACCAUCUUCAGGGUAAAUGCAGAGGAAGGAAUAUGCAGCCUUAUAUGUAGGUCUUGCAGUAGAAGUAAGGUUGGGCAUGUUCAGCUUGGUGCUGUCCAGUGGGUAUAUUGCAAGACGUCAGAAAUAACCAAACUUACAUAGCUCAGUCACCGAAUGAUUGACUGGAUUGAGGUCCCCAAAGGAGAAAUAUCUUCUGUUUCAGUGCAUGAGAACCCCUGCACCAUUCUGUUCACUGGGUAUUGAAGGCUCUUUCCCUAUCCCAUUCAUAUGUCAUCUUACCCAUUUACACCUUAUAGUCUAACUACUGACAGCAUUGUUAAAAUCUUUAUUUAAUACAUUCUCUAUAUUGUGAAUUUUUAACAAAAUAUUUUAUUUUGUGUACGUCAUGUAUCAGUAAUGUGAUCAGCCAUGAAGCAAUGUAGUUUCUCUGUAAUUAAUGAAUAUCAAGGCUGGUGAAUUGUGGAAAAUAACGGAUUGAUUCUAGAAGAUUAUGUACUCAGUUUACCCCAAAUUGGAGUACACAUUCCCAUUUCAUGUUUUUAUUGGAAGUCAUUAAAGAAGCUAUAGUGGGAAGAGGAAUAUGAGACUAAAUUAGGAUUGAAAUCAUGGUCUUCUUGGUUAUGACAUAGUGUAGUUUGGUAGAUAGGUAUCAGCGUUUUGGAGGAGCGUACUGCUCGAAGGAUUAAGACCUGCUUCUGUCUUGAAGGUCAAGGCAGGGUGUUCACAUAGAUGUUGGUACCUGUCUACCUCACUACAAGUUGUCACAUCCCAAAAGUCAGUAAUAUUCACAAUACUGCCAUGAGAACAUCACGUCUCAUGAAUUUCUGUUUUGUAAACUUAAAGUUAUGUUGCAUUUUAAUGAACAGAGGCUGAAAUACAAGGUUUGCAUGGGGGUGAAGGUUCUUGUUGUGGAUAUGGGUUAAGAUACCAUGUAGUCUGGCAGGUUAUUACCAUUGUGUCAUAGGAAUAUACUACCUCCAUAUUCAGCUAUCUUGAAGUGGAAGCAACAUGUUUCUUCAAAAUGUUGGUAGACACCUGCAGGACUAGCAUCUCAUAUCCUAGCAGGAAACAGUCAAAAUGAUGGUUGUGUUUGUGGUGUAAUAAAUGGAAAGACAUCA